UGUUGCCGGCAGUCGAGUUCGUUGCCUAAAUCUUUCGUUGUAUCUUUGUGUCAAAAGUUGAAAAUAUGAAAUACACUUUGUUCGCUGCCUGCCUUCUGGCCACUCUCUGCGCUGGCGUUUUUGCCUCUUCCGAUGCUGGCCAAUUCGUGCCGCGAGCUUUCUUCACACUGGACUCUGAGGGUCAUCAGUCGAGAGUGCAUCCAGUGAGCGCCCAUUUGCUGCGCCGUCUGCGUCGUGAUGUCGGAUACUCCUCAUCAUCGUCAUCGUCUUCAUCGUCCAGCUCAUCAUCGGAUGGAAAAGUGCAUUUCACUAGCCAGCACGUCCAUUACAAUUCACAGGGUCUUGACCAGCCUACUAGUGUAGACUCCCGCUUUGGUGGCACCUCCUCGACAUAUGGAUCGAGCAGGAGACCUGUGGCCCAGGUGGUACAGCAAAGCGGUGUGGCUGAUUCUACUGGCGUACAUGUGCUUACCACUCAGGGUAAACUGGAUAAUACAGGAAAAUACACCGUCACCUCGCAGCAGUCUCAUCUCUAGUUAAGUAAAUAUAUAAGCAGUAGUUUACAAUUUAAAUAAAAUUUCGAUAGUGCCUGUUGAAAAGCAAUAAAAGUAAAGCCAACUCAUACUCGUAACAA